AUGAAUGGAUUAUAAAACCAAAACAUAUUAGAAAACAGAAAAAAGAAACAAAGAAAAGAAAAGGAAAGAAAAGAAAAGAAAAGAAUAGAAAAAUAGACCUUUUUUUUCCCCUGAAGUGAAGUGCGCGAACAAGGUCAGACUUCGUGACCUCGCAGCGUGACCUUGGCUGCAGCGACCAUGAGAGGCAGCAACGCCCGACACAGCCAGCUGGUCCUGUGGUUGCUUCUCUGCUGUGGUUUGGACGUGACUGUGACCGACAGCCGGGAGGGUCAAGUGCCGGUGUUCGGGAAAGCGGAGAAAAUAGUGACGGUGCAGGAGGGAGACACGGCGAGGCUGCCCUGCGUGGUGGAGCAUCUCAAUGAUAAGGCAGUAACGUGGCUGAGACGCCGUGACUUGCACAUUCUCACGGUCGGGCACCACACCUAUUCGGCCGAUGAGAGGUUCCAGGUUGUCCACGCGGAAGCUAGUAACGAAUGGACCCUCGUGGUGCGUUACGUGCAACGAAGAGACGCCGGUGUUUACGAAUGUCAGAUCAACACGGAUCACAAACUCUCACGCGCUGUCACACUUAAAGUCUAUGAUACGAGCCAGCAGAUGAGCGUCUCGAAGACAAAGGUUUUCUUGGCGAACAACACUGCUUCGACCAAAGACGGCAACCUCCGCGUCGAGAUCCAAGGGCCUCGAGAGCUGUACAUCGAGGAAGGUUCCUCCCUCAGUCUCACCUGCGUCGUCACCUCCUCUCGCGGGCCGUCCAAGCUGAUCUACUGGUACCACAACACCAACCUCAUUGACUACAACUCGCCCAGGGGAGGCGUCAGUCUCAAGAUGGACCGAGGGCGAGGCGAGACAACGACCAAGCUCGUCGUGUCUGCCGUUGGCCCUGGAGAUUCAGGGAUGUACUCGUGCGUUCCUCAGGGCUCCCAUCCUGCCACGGUGGUCGUGCACGUUCAGAAGGAUACCUAUUUCACAGCAGUCUUUAAUGGCUCUGUGAUCCUGGCGAUUCAAAGUGCCGUGAGCGCGUCCUUCUACGCCGGCCUCGAGUGCCUUUAUUUGCUUGAGUGCUUUAUUGGUCCUUCUCGAGUGGGUGCUUGCAGAGGGUCAAGCAAUAUUCUUGGACCCAAUUCUUCGUACUCUAAGACACUUCAGACACCUCCAUAUGGCAAUGGUCAUUUCAAGAAGAUAAAUGGAGUGUCACAUAUAUGA